AUGAAAAUAUUGGAUGCAAAAAUCUUUGCAACGCUAACGCAACUGAAUUGUCUGAAUUUGAGCCGUAAUGAUAUCCGGGAAUUGUCCAAGGAUAUAUUUGCAUAUCAGCGCCAACUUUUGAUACUACAUCUGAGUCACAAUUUAUUGGAAUAUUUAACGCCACACCUUUUCGAUCACACACCUUGGCUAUGGCAGUUGAAACUUGGUGGCAAUCACCUGCACGACACCACAAAUCUUUUGGAAAAUCUAAAGCCGCUGAAUUAUCUACAUAGGCUAGACGUAAGUCAGAACCAACUGCAAACUAUUUGGAGCACCGAGACGUCCUUCAAUAGAAUACCAAAGUUACUGACAACUUUUCGAUACAACAUGAGUUCGGCUUUAGUCGAGGGUCUUAAAUAUAUUAAAAAAUUGCAACCAGAAAACUUCAAAGGUGGCAAGAUUAACUCAACGGUAAUAAAUCUAAGUGGCAAUCGUUUGCGCGAAUUCACGUUGGAUUGGCUUGUAGCUGCGAAUAUUACAUGCCCAUUUGAAAUAAACCUAGAGCACAAUUUGAUUGAAAACUUUUUUGCUUUACAAAACUUCUCCAGUGCGACUGUUAAUUGUGCGCUCGAAAUCAAAUUAACUGGUAAUCCGAUCGUGUGCGAUUGUAAAUUGACGUCAACCAAACUAGUAAAAGAUCUCGCGCAGCUGGAACGUAAUGAACUGUGUGCUUGGGAACCUGUAAUGUGCCCCAAAAACUGCCAUUGUUACACACAAUUGGAAUUCCUGCACAUCAGUUGCAAGGGUGCGCAACAUAUCGAACAGCUCCCACGCCCCGAGCAAGUUGGGCUCAAGAGUUCGGUACUCGAUAUUAGCAAUAACAAUUUCAUUGAAUUGCCGCUAAACAACACCUUCGGCUAUGGUAACGUUUCGCAACUCAACGCGUCGCACAAUCAAAUCACGAGCAUAAAUCUCAGUCAACUGCCAACUAAUUUGACGGUUUUGGAUCUGCGAAAUAAUAAUUUAAAAUCCUUAAAUGAUGAAUUUUUGCGGACAUACCUCAAUGACAGCACAAAACUACAAUAUCUCUAUCUAAGUGAUAAUUAUUGGAUUUGCGACUGUUCCACGCAGCAAUUGCUGUACACCAUACGUACACAUCGGACACGCAUACCCGAUGCCGACCAGUUACUCUGUGUUAAUCUGCUGAACGAUACACGCCUUAUAGACAAUGUGAGAGAAUUGUGUCCAACUCUUGUUAAUGUUGAAUAUUAUCGAAACUUGAAUGCAACGGUGAUUAGUGUAGCGUUAACUAUUAUUAUUUUACUUUGCAUUAUCGCACUCUUCUAUAAAUAUAAAUUAGAAGUGGAAGUCUGGUUAUAUAGCCACAACAUAUUGAGAUUUUUCAUUAGCGAAUGUGAGUUGGAUAAGCAUAAAACAUUCGAUGCGUUUAUUUCAUAUGCACACCAGGAUGCAGACUUCGUCAACCAUACAUUACUGCCGCAACUCGAACAUUGCGAACCACCAUUUCGUGUAUGCACACACGAACGCAAUUGGCUGGCUGGCGCUUAUAUACCUGAACAAAUCAUAGAAUCGGUGGAUCAGUCGCGUCGGACGAUCAUUGUGCUCUCGCAGCACUUUAUCGAGUCGGAUUGGGCGCGCAUGGAGUUUCGCACAGCGCAUCAGUGCUCGUUGAACGAGGGUCGUGCGCGCAUCAUAAUGAUUAAAUAUGGCGAAAUCACGAAAACUGACUUAUUGGAUAGAGAACUAAGAGCAUAUUUGGAUAUGAAUACUUAUCUGGUUUGGCAAGAUGUCAGAUUUUGGGACAAGUUACGCUACGCCAUGCCACAUAAAGUGCGUGGAGAGAGGAGUUCUGAUAUGUUAAAAACUAACGGCAGAAUGUAUGUUAUGAGACAAGUCGAGAUGAAUCGUUUGCGUGAAGAAAUUGUUUAAAUUUGUCUCACUUCCUUUGUGGUAAAAUAAA